AUGCCAAAACUACUAAAGCAAAAGUGCCAUUUAAAAAAAUUAGAAAGUCAAAAAAAUAAGGUUCAAAAAAUUUUUAAGAUAAUUACCGAAUUUGAUCAUGAAUCUCUUUCAAAAAUUCAUAAAAUCCUUACCGAUAUUACAAAUGACACUCGAGAAGAAGAAAUGUUUCAAUCAAUUCACGAAAUGCCAGAACCAGAAAAAGCAAAAGCAUUAUUGCUUUUUAAUUCAAUGCGAAAUCCAAAAGGCAAACACACUAAUAAGAUCAUCUCACCCUACCUUCAAAAAAAAGCUUUGGACUUCAUUAAGGAUCCAAAAAACCAAAUUAAAAAGUUAAAGGCUGAAAAUAUCGAGCUAAAGUCUGCAAAUAGAAGAUUAAUACGAAGGUAG